UGCCGUACUACGUUCGUUCAAAACGAAGGAACGCUAACAGGCCCUAGUCGCGGCAUUCAACUGUAUAACUCGGUCAAGGUUCGUUCUUAAUACACAGGUAGUUGUGCACCGGUACGGUCCGAGUCGCUAAAUUAUCAAAAUGUCGCAGACGAAGGACAGAAAUGCUUCUUCGGAUCCAAAGUAUCAAGAGCUGCCAAUUCAAGACAAAAAUGGCAACUUCGACAACGUCAUCAUUGAGGACGUCCUUGACGACAAGGAGGACGCGCACACGCAGUGUUGUCUCGGCGCCCUGAGGUGUCGUUGCCUCCAGUUGUUCGCGCAUCCAAACGCCUUCGUCACCCUCUUUGGUCUUCUGGUAGUGGCGUACACUGGGGGCGGUGGGGUGUAUAUGGCUGGUGUCGUCUCGACCAUCGAGAAGAGGUUUCAGUUGAAGAGCUCGGAGUCUGGUCUCCUGAUGUCCAUGAACGACAUCUCUUCGUUGAGUGGGGUGUUGUUUGUUGCACACUUCGGAGGGAGAUCACAUCGGCCGAGAAUCAUCGGCAUAUCCUGCUUGUUGGUUGCCCUGGGAUCUUUCUUGCACGCGCUGCCUCAGUUCAUCUACGACAACCCAGCCCUUGACGAAAUUUUCGUCACCAGUGCCAACCAAUCAGAGUCGAGCCCGGGAGCAUCGUUGUACGGAAAAGAUUUCAUUUGCAGUGCUGAGGCGAAUGCAACCCCGUGCACAGCCGAAGAAAUCGAAGCGUCUGGUUCCCAACUCGCAAAGGCGUGGCCCAUCAUAUUGGGCCAGCUGCUCAUUGGAGUCGGGAGCUCCGCCAUCUUGCCGCUGUCUGUGACGUAUAUCGAUGACGCAGUGGAGAAGGCCAUUGUACCAAUCUAUUUGGCUUUGAUGUUUCUGCCCAUGGCGAUCGCUCCCCUGUUUGGAUACUCACUCAGCGGCUAUUGCCUGUCACUCUUCGUGGAUUUCUACAAGACCGACGUCUCGGAACUCGGUCUCACCCCCCGGGAUCCUCAAUGGCAAGGCGCCUGGUGGCUGGGCUUCAUCAUCAACGGCUGUUUGCUGUGUCUAAUCUCCGUCCCUUUCUACUUCUUCCCGCGGAAGAUGCACAAACCAAAGUCCUACUGUUGCGGCCUACGGAUGCCUGGUUGCUGUAAGACAAUGAUUGGACGAGGGAGUGGUGGGCGGGACGAAAGGGGCGUGGCUAUGACACAAAUAGCCACACAUCACAAGAAGUACAACGGCCAACCAAUAGUGGUCGCAAUCAAAGAAUUUGGGGUGUCACUGUGGCGUCUUCUCACCAAUCCCAUCUUCAUGACCUCUCUGAUUGGCUACUGCAUAUUGGUGAUUGCCUUUGCCGGAUUCGAACAGUUCUGUGCGAAGUACAUACAGUUCCAGUUUGGAUUAAGUCCAGUGAGGGCUGGGCUUUUAGUAGGUUUUGCUUUUAUGCCUGGUACCCUGAUCGGUAUAAUCCUUGGAGGUGUAGUGUCUUCGCGGGCGGCAGGGAGCCAGCGGGGUUAUGCCAAACUCACCGUUGGUGCCCAACUUCUGUGCGUGUUGGCGUAUGGCAGCAUGAUGGCCCUGGGAUGCCCCAACAUCGAUAUUGCCGGACUGACAACUCACGUGACCGGUGGUCACGUGACUGGAAACAAUUUGGAUGUCUUCUCAUCUUGCAACAUGGAUUGUUCUUGCGAGAAGGGUGUUUAUUCUCCAGUGUGUGGCUCUGAUAAUGUCACAUACGUAACGGCUUGCUUCGCGGGUUGUGAGACAGUGGAUAAAGAUGAGGAUGAUAGAGCGAUUUACCAAGGCUGCACUUGUAUCAACCAAACUGAUUAUGGUUCCCAGAAGGACCCAGCUCCCGGUUCUGCUUUCCAAGGCGCAUGCGCGUCGAACUGUGACCUAUUGCUUCCAUUCAUCAUCAGCCUUGGUGUCACCAUGGCAAUCUCAUCCAUGUCGUUUAACCCCACAUUCAUGAUGAAGUUCAGGUCUGUUUUAGACAAGGACAGAAAUCUGUCAAUAGGACUGACAUCACUUUUCAGUAAAAUACUCGGUUUCAUACCAGCCCCUGUCAUUCUGGGUGCGAGCCUCGAGAGUCAGUGCUCCUACUGGCAGGAAUCGUGCGAUGCUACGGGGGAAUGUCUGGUGUACGACCGGCCUGGUCUUAGGUUCGUCUUCAUCGGCUUCGCGGCUGGCUUCAGGUUCCUGGCCAGCCUGAUCUUCUGCGUUGGCGCAUUGUUAAUUUACAGGACAAACAAGUACGAGCAAGCGAUCGACAACGAUGAAGUGGCUACUGGGGAUGGCGAAGAGGCUAGCCACGUGGUCAAGUCACAGUCCUCCAAGGAAACGGAUGUAUAAAUUCAUCAGCAAAUCAAUGCUGAAAUGUGGACAGUGUUCUUUUCCCCGGACACUUGGCUCCGUAAAA